UCGCGUACGUACAACGAUGCAACCAUUGACUGUCUUACAUCUGGAUCGAACACUCCCUGAAUCUUGAAGAGCCCGAUAAAUUAUAUACGAGGAUGAUUAUUAAACAAAUGAACCUUAAUUGUUGUUUCUUUGGCAGGAGAAUGCGAGGAAUGCCCAGCUGUAGAGUCAAAGUACUCCUGCUGCUCCAUUUCAGUUUUCGAGAAAGACGUUCUGUACCAAGGCAAAAUGGUUUGCAUGGACUUGCCCCGUACCAUUGGGGUACCGGCGCAUGGCUGCAGCGGCUUCGAGGAGGAGGAGUCCACCACUAAGGAGCUAGAGGAGCCCAUAGUUCGUGAACAACUUAACGAUAUUACCGCGUAUAUCGACGCAUCCGGGGUGUAUGGGUCUUCUGAGGAACGGCUUGAGAAGGUUCGUGACGCUAAAUCCUCACGUUUGGCAACCCAUCAGCUAGGCGAUGCAAACCUGCUCCCGUUUCUGCCACUGGAGCAGGACGAGGACCACCACGAAUGCCGCGGCACACAGGGCGGAACGUUGAAAUGUGGGUUCGCUGGCGACUUGAGGGCCGCAGAACAGCCCACACUCACCGCGCUCCACACCGUCUUCGUCCGUCUGCAUAACAACAUCGUGAGUGAGCUUCAGCUCAUAAACGGUCACUGGGACGAGGAGCGACUAUUCAGCGAGACAAGAAAGAUCGUUAUUGGUGUGUGGCAGCAUAUUGUAUACAACGAGUACAUGCCAGCCCUUUUUGGUCCCGUAGCGACUGACCAUUUCAAGCUCUCUAUUAAGCCUGGUCGCAAGGAAGUCCCAGACUACAAUGAGAAUCUAAGUGCUACCAUGAGCAACGUGUUCGCUUCAGCAGCCUACCGUUUGGGACAUAGCCAGAUUCCGAGCGAGCUUGAGAUCCGUGAUAAUAAGCACUUCUCUCAGACCGCCGUUCCCCUCCAUCACGCCUUCUUUAACGCCUCUGCUAUGCACGAUGCAGCAAAUAAUGGGAUGAAUGGAUUUGUUCUUGGAAACAUCGCUCAGAAAUUGAACAAGGUUGACCGCCAUGUUACUGCAGCAGAUCAGGGCCAUCUCUUUGAGGAGGAGGAAGACGGAUUCGGUUUGGAUCUCCUUGCCAUGAAUAUUCAGCGUGGACGCGAGCAUGGCAUCCCUGCUUACGUGGAGUACCGUGAGAUUUGCACACCUCAGCAACCAAAGAUAAAAUCUUGGGACGACCUCAAAGGAGUGUUCCAGGAUGAUGGUCUCCUUGACGAACUCAAGGAGGUCUACGGGGAAGAUGGAGUGCGUGAAAUUGACGCGUUCAUCGGCUUCACGAACGAGAAGCACAUGCCUGGAGGUCGAAUUGGCCACACCCUCGGUUGUCUGCUCGGUGACCAGUUCAAGCGACUUCGUCUUGGGGAUCGUUUCUGGUACGAACGGAAUGCACCGGAGGGUUUCACAGACAGUCAGUUGGAUGCUAUCAAAGGCACGUCACUGUCUCGUGUUCUUUGCGACACCCUGGACGAUAGCGAGAAUCUCUCCAUCCAACCAUAUCCCCUGCACACCCCGACAUAUGACACAAAGAAGUUCAAGAAUGAUAAACCAUGGGCACAGUUCAGCAUGGAGAAUCCCUUCCCUGAGUUUAAAACCCUGACGUUGCCCAACUUUUCCAACCACCGUGUUCCAUGCUCUGACGAAUCUGAGAUUCCCAAAUUGAACCUCAACCCCUGGAAGGAUGGCAGUGAAGUAGAGCCAGUACCAGUAGAUGUAGAGCCAGUACCGGUAGAUGUAGCCCCACUGCCGGUUCUUAAAGAGUCGAUCGCCUCCCUAGAUGACGGAAGGACUCUUGCCUAGGAAUAGUUUAAUUCCAAUGAUGUCAUCGUUAUAUCACCACUUAAUUGGGCCAAAUAAAAGUAAUUUUGUUUCUUGUCCUCUCCCUCCCUUUUUUGGUUGGGGGGGGGGGGGGUACCGCUUUAAUUUUUCAUGUAAUUUGUUUUGUUCCAAAAUUAAAUGAAUAACUAUCUGAGGAUAUUUAGACAAAGGGGUUAACAAAACAUCAGUAAUAUAAUGAAAAUGCACCCAGUUUGUAGCGUCUAAAAUGCAUGUAUAAACAAAAUUAGAAUUAACAAGAUUUGUGUUGAAAUAGACCUACUAGCAUUUCUAUGUGCUGACAAAUAUCAGUCAAAUAACAUUGAGUUCCCUGUUCCUCAUUUUCGCUAUU